AUGAUUCCAUGUAAUAAAUUAGAUAACAUAGAAUGGCGGCAGCAAUGGAGGUAGACGAUGAUGUUGAUUCUGAACAGCCAGAAGUACCUACGUCUUCAAGCACUGCUAGAGGUGAUAAGAAACGAUUUGAAGUGAAAAAGUGGAAUGCAGUUGCACUCUGGGCAUGGGAUAUUGUAGUGGACAACUGUGCUAUUUGCAGGAACCACAUAAUGGACCUUUGUAUAGAAUGUCAAGCCAACCAAGCAUCUGCAACUAGUGAGGAGUGUACUGUUGCAUGGGGAGUGUGUAAUCAUGCAUUCCAUUUCCACUGUAUAUCUCGAUGGCUGAAAACUCGUCAAGUGUGUCCUUUGGAUAACAGAGAAUGGGAAUUUCAAAAGUAUGGACAUUAGAAGAAAACUCCUAAAUAGUCGUUUUUUUAUAUACAGUUACGAUAGCUUCCUAUAUUUUUCUUGUACGGAUAUUGGCAGUAAAACUCAACACAGUUUUUAGUUUCUGUUUGUGGAAUUUUUGUCGUCACUAACUUAGGUUUGCAUUUCCCUUUGUUGUGAUUAUUGUUGGACAAAUCAAAUAAAAUCUUCACAGUGUA